UCUCCGAGUGUGCGGAUCGGCGCGGAGUGGCGUUAGGGCUCCGGCGACUCAGUCGUGCACUCCCAGCGCUCGCACUUGGGUGUUCCUCGCCGUGCCGUACGGUUGUCGCGUGCGCUUGCGCGAGCCGAAGGAGGCGCGUCAUGCUGGGCGAAGUGAGUCGCUGCUGCUGCUGCUGCUCUCCUGCGGGACCCGUGUUGUCCUUUCCGCGCGAGUCAUGGCACUGCUCAGGUCCUGUUGCUGCUGGUUGUCAGUGCGGAAAGGAAGCUUCGCCUGUGGUGUCUACACGCUUAUCUUGUACACAAUGCUGGUCGCUACAGGGGGAUCCCACGUCAGCUCUGUGUUCCACUCACCGGUGGGAUUCUCACUGAUUCUUUUGCUCUUGAGCUUCUUCGGACUGUGCGUAAUAUUUUCCGUGGUGCUUCUCUUGGCCUUGAUUAUCGACAACCGCCUUUUGCUACUUCCUUGGUUAACAUUUGUGCCCAUGACAACAGCGCUGGACGUUGCACUGUCACUGUAUUUCAUCAAGGACCUUAAAUUCGACGCUUUUGUGAUUGUCAUGUACAUCGUGGACUACACAUUGUGUUCCAUCAACGUCUACUGCAUACUCUGCGUGCUCUCCCAGUACCAGAUGUACGCGCUUGAAAGGAGAACCAUGGGUCAGGGAAGCCGCCCGUCGCCGAAGGAGACGACACCGAGACGACCACACAGUGCCUCGGCGAUAGUUGCCGUACCGCGCUACACAGGUGGCAGUAACCAUGGCAACAGCCGCUGCACCUUCAGCCGCAUAGCGUCGUGGCCCAGUCGCCGGAUCUCCCACAAGGCGACCUUCCCACAGAACGGAGCGCGUGUUUCACCCUGCAGUUUCAUGGCCCUUACCGUUCCUGUUGCCACAGUGACCACCACCACGACAGGCAAGACUACAGAGGACGCUAGUAAUAACCCAGCACGGGAAAACUCGCCGACUCCGGAACGUCCCAAGGAGUGCGGCUACGGAAUCGACGACACGUCAAGCGCUCUGCCCCUGUCCACAGCUGAGGCGUCGCUGCAGCAUUCAGCUGCAGAGGCCGAGGUACCGGAAACUUUCUAUAACUGGUGA